AUGAGUGGUAACAGCAAUUAUUAUUCGGAGGAAACUAGAAUAAUUGCACCGGCAGCACGUACUAAAGUUGGUACUGCUGCACCGAAAAUUUUUGGCAAAGAACUGCGAGACUUGGAUGAUGCUGACUUAGAAGGACUGCUGUCAAAAUUGUCGCCAGAAGAACUCGAAGAUCUCAAUAGUGACUUCGAUCCUGACAAUUCCUUACUUCCGCCAUCACAACGAUGUCGGAAUCAAACCAGUAAACAGCCAACUGGACCUUAUCAGAGAGAUAAACUGCUGUUGUUCCUCGAGGAAAGUGCAAAGCAAGAAGAAGACUGGGAGGAAUGGGUACCUUUUAGCCCAGGAAUUAAACGAGGAAAAAUUUAUGAGCCGAAAGAAAGUAGUGAUAAGAAAUCCGGUAAAAUGGAAAUGCCAAUAGAAUUGGAUUUGGAUGAUGAUGAUGAAGACGAUUUGGAUGAAGCACUUCAUGGAGCACCCGAAAAAGAUCUCGUUGACUUGGCUGGUAUUCUUGGGAUGCACAAUUUGCUCAACCAAUCUCAAUAUUACAGUGCUUUGAAGGGUAAAGGUCAGGAUGAAACAACAGGAACUACGUUUAGCGGUGUUGUUAGGGCUUUCGAAGCGAAAAUUCUUCCGGAAGAACCAGAAAAUGAAACUGACGUUGAUGAAUGCAUCAAAAAACUUGAAGCAAAUGAUGAGAUGGUGACUGAAAUAAAUAUCAACAACAUGAAGCGAAUAUCAAAGGAGCGUAUCAAGGCUCUCAUUAAAGCAUCCUGUGCUAGCAAGCACAUUAAAAAGCUGUCGAUGGCCAAUACUGCUAUUUCUGAUCAAGAAGCUAGGGGUUUGGUUGAACUGUUAGAAACGUCUCCAUCGUUGCGUGUUCUGAAUGUUGAAUCGAAUUUUAUAACACCGGAACUAUUGGCAAAAUUGUUACGUGCUACGCUUGUCACCCAAAAUCUGACUGAAUUUCAUGCUGAAAAUCAACGAGCAAGCGUGUUAGGAAAUCAAAUAGAAAUGGAUAUGAUGCUUACAGUAGAAGAGAAUGAAUCAUUACUACGCGUUGGUGUAUCUUUCCAAUCAAUGGAAGCACGCCACCGAGUUUCGGAAGCCCUUGAACGAAACUAUGAAAGACUGCGACUUCGACGGCUAGGUAAAGAACCACAGGAAUGA